AUGGCCGACACCAACAACUUGUUACGCUUUCUGACGGCCGAGGCAAAACUUCCGUUGGCUGCCGCUAUCGCACAAGCCGCUGGCCUCCAGAAAGCGAAUCUAGUAACCAUCGAGGAUCUUGCCAAAACCGAUUUUGACACUCUAAAAGCUGCUUCCGCCACCGAAAAAGCUGCAAAGGCUACCCUGGCUGCUGCAAAACGUGUCUCCAUCAAACGCAAGAGAGGCCUUCCAGAAACUACUGCUUCAGUACCGUCGAAACGUUCUAGAGUUGACCCUGCCGAGAUCAAGUCUCCUGCCGAUGUUGAAGCUGCUCUUGUCCUUCCUACGUCUGAUCUCACCGAAGAAGAUCUUGAAGCCAUCGUGCUUACGACCAAUCGUGCCCCUUUAUUGCUGGCAUUUGCUGCUACCCUAGUAAAGCAUACGAUACCAGACCAGCCUCCCUCGUCAUGCCUCAGCCUUGCCCAAGCUGUCACUACUCUCAAUGCACAAGCCAAAGCUGCCAAUAUCGGCCUUGCAAAUACUGCAUCUGCUGAGAAGGAGGGCUGGGGCCACGGUCAGUCUCUAGUCAAAGUCAUGACCAGAGACGUCCGCGUGCUGAAAAGAUGGGGUUAUGAAUGGAAAGCAGAUCCGAAAAACACCACCAAGGACAUCAAAACAGAAGAUGUUGAUCAGAAACCUUCCAGGCUUAGUCAUAACGACCCUUCGUCUUCAGAGGAUUCACCCGCAUUGUUGGCGCUAGACCUCGAGCAGCUUAAGCGUUUGGAUAGUCCACCGAUCGUUUCAGUAUCUGCAAGCACAGCUGGGCUCACAGUAUAUCACGCAGAUUCUGCACGCAAUUACAUCAAGAGGCCAGCGGCUGAGAUUGCUGCAGAGCGUGAGGCGAAUCUAGGACAUCUGGUAAAAGCCCUAAAUCUGUUGUUCGAAUCAUGGUCUGUCGUCCUCAGCUCUGAUGAUCUGGACAAGCGCGCCUGGAACUGGUACGUCAAGCUCAAGGAUAUUCUAGAUCUCAGGCGCCCGAAAUGA